GUUCAAUUUAAUCUGUACUAUGGUAUAAUGUAUUUAACAAAAUCUUAUUUUUCUAACUGUUGUUUGAUUAUUUGUUAUUCGUAAGCUUAUUGUCAAACCUAUGAUCGUUUAUUUACCUAAAAAUUAUUAAAGAAAACCUGAAAUUUAGAAAAGCAUUAUGAAGGUAGUCGUACAACGUGUUUUGAGAGCAAAAGUUUCUGUGGAUGGACAUGAAAUAAAUUCAAUCGCCAAAGGCUUAUGUUUGUUGGUUGGUUUGCAAAAAACUGAUGAGAAAAAUGAUAUUGAUGCUAUGGUGCAGAAGAUAUUAAAGUUGCGACUUUUUGAUCAUGAUGAAAAAAAAUGGCAUUGUAAUGUAACUGAAAUGAAUUAUGAAAUACUUUCAAUUAGUCAGUUUACACUGUGUUAUAAGCUUAAAGGUAACAAAUUAGAUUUUCAUAUGACCAUGCCUGGGAAUCUAGCCUUAAAAAAUUACCAAUAUUUUUUGGAUACUUUGCGUAGACAUUACAAUGAAAAUAAAAUUAAAGAUGGAGCAUUUGGCGAAAAAAUGGAAGUUGAAAUCGUAAAUGACGGACCAGUGACUGUGCAAUUGGAAUUUCCUAAUCCUGGAAAAAAUGUUUUAGAAAAAUUAGACAAGGAUAAUGGAGUUGAUUGAAUGUAAUUUAAAAAUAUUUAUUUUUAUCUGUUAAAUUUGAGCUACUAUGGUGGCCACAUAUAUCGGCUUAACUCCAACAAGCUUACCAACGCUUAGGUGUUCUCUUCCCAAUAAUAAAUAGGAAAUCAA